AUGGGCACUGUGCUGGUCACCGGCACCAGGCUGGCUCCUCUGCCCCGCAGAAUCUGCAGCACCCUCCCGCACUGGGCGCCCUCUGGGCCCGCCCGAGGCUGCCAAUCCAAGGUCCACCCCUUGCAGCCAGUGCACCUGAAGAAGCGCGGGUUUGAAGUCAUCAGGACUCCACCCAUCAACAAGGGGUUAGCCUUUACACUUGAAGAAAGGCUACAGCUUGGAAUCCAUGGACUACUGGCCCCCUGUUUCCAGAGCCAAGAUGUCCAGCUCCUCAGAAUCAUGAAAUACUAUGACAAGCUGCGUACAGACCUGGAUAGGUAUAUCAUUCUCAUGACCCUCCAAGACCGGAAUGAGAAGUUGUUCUACCGAGUGCUCAGUUCCGAUGUGGAGAGGUUUAUGCCCAUCGUGUACACACCCACCGUGGGGCUGGCCUGCCAGCACUAUGGCGUCAUCCUUCGACGGCCUCGUGGGCUGUUUAUUACCAUUCAUGACAAGGACCACAUUGCAACAAUCCUGAACUCUUGGCCAGAAGAAAAUAUUAAGGCUGUGGUGGUGACUGAUGGAGAACGAAUACUGGGCUUGGGAGACCUGGGCUCCUUCGGCAUGGGCAUCCCUACUGGCAAGCUGACCCUGUACACAGCGUGCGGUGGGGUGAGCCCACAGCAUUGCCUCCCUGUCCUGCUGGAUGUUGGCACCAACAACGAGGAGCUGCUCAGAGACCCGCUGUACAUUGGCCUAAAGCAUCGCCGUGUGCGUGGGAAGGAAUAUGAUGAGUUUCUGGAUGCAUUCAUGCAGGCUGUGACAGACAAGUUUGGAAUAAGUUGCCUCGUGCAAUUUGAAGACUUUGCCAAUGACAAUGCUUUCCGUCUGCUCCACAAAUACCGCAACAAGUACUGCAUGUUCAAUGAUGAUAUCCAAGGUACAGCCUCUGUUGCUGUGGCUGGAAUCCUGGCUGCUCUUCGAAUCACCAAGAAAAAGCUUUCUGAUCAAGUAUUCGUUUUCCUAGGUGCAGGCGGGGCCGCCAUGGGCAUCACCCAUCUCCUUAUCAUGGCACUACAGAAGGAAGGUGUGUCUAAGUCAGAGGCUGUAAAGAAGAUCUGGAUGAUGGAUGCUGAUGGGUUGAUCAUCAAGGGUCGAGGGAUCUUUGCAAGUGGAAGUCCUUUCGACAGUGUGACUCUGGAAAAUGGCCAGACAUUCACUCCUGGGCAAGGAAACAAUGCCUACGUGUUCCCGGGAGUGGCACUGGGAGUCAUUGCUGGCAAGAUCCGGCACAUCCCUGAUGAGAUCUUCCUCCUGACAGCCGAGCACAUUGCCCAGGAGGUCUCUGAGUUUCAUCUUUCCCAGGGGAGACUGUACCCACCGUUCACCAUCAUCCGAGAUGUCUCUAUAAGAAUUGCCGCCAAAGUCCUUGACUACGCAUACAAGCACAACCUGGCUUCCUACUAUCCGGAACCCACAGACAAGGAGGCUUUUCUAAGAUCCCUGGUCUAUACUUCCAACUAUGACUCCUUCAGAGGGGACACCUACACUUGGCCCAAGGAAGCCAUGAGUUUUCAGACUAUCUAA